GGGCGCGCAGGGCGGCGCCAGCGCAGUCUGCACCAUGGCGUUCCCCGGGCACCCCGGCGCCGGCGGCGGGUACUACCCAGGUGGGUAUGGAGGGGCUCCCGGAGGACCUACAUUCCCUGGACAAACUCAGGACCCGCUGUAUGGUUACUUUGCUGCAGUGGCUGGACAGGAUGGACAAAUAGACGCGGACGAGUUGCAGAGGUGCCUGACGCAGUCCGGCAUUGCUGGAGGGUACAAACCUUUUAACCUGGAGACUUGUCGGCUUAUGGUUUCAAUGCUGGAUAGAGACCUGUCAGGCACAAUGGGUUUCAGUGAGUUUAAGGAACUCUGGUCUGUCCUGAAUGGCUGGAGGCAACACUUCAGCAGUUUCGACAGUGACAGGAGUGGGACAAUAGACCCUCAAGAGCUGCAGAAGGCGCUGACUGCAAUGGGAUUUCGGUUGAGCCCCCAGGCCGUGAAUUCAAUUGCAAAACGAUACAGCACCAACGGGAAGAUCACCUUCGAUGACUACAUCUCCUGCUGCGUCAAGCUGCGCGCGCUCACAGACAACUUUCGACGACGGGAUUCUGGUCAGCAAGGUGUUGUGAAUUUCCCAUAUGAUGAUUUCAUUCAGUGUGUCAUGAGCAUUUAAACUGAGAGGAAGCUGCGGACGCGGAGCCCACAUUCCCGGGGAGUUCUGGCUCGCUCCCGCUGCGUACCUGCAGGAACACACGGGAACUUGCCUGGCCACUUGUCCUUACAGUUGCUGUGAAGGUGUAUUGCUUAAUGUACCUCUGUGGUUUUGUUUUCAGUUUAGAUAAUAAAGUCUGGAAUUUUAUUAAGAUCAGAUCCGUUCUGUUAAACCAUUUAGAAUUUCUUAGAGCCACUGUCCUAUGCUUUAUUUUCUUGCUAAGCCUGUUUUAUGUAAUUUUAAGUAUGCAAAGUGUUGAAGGCGUGUUACAUAUUUUCCACUGUAGGAUACUAAAGCCUUCUCAUCAGACCGCAGCCGUCAUCAUUCCUCUCCUAGAAGAACUGUGCAUGGUAUUGGAAGCUUGGUGUGUGGAGUAUUCUUAUCAUGUAAAAUGCUUUAGACCUGUUGGAUGCAGAAAGCACCAUGGUAAUCCAGGCCAGGGUUCGCCUUCCUGGAAAUGUGGCGCAGGCUUUAAGGCUUCCACAUGUUUUGAUGGCCGUAGUGGACAGGACCAUGAGUGACUAUUUUCUGCCUUUUGAAAACCUAUUGAAUAGUCUGAGUGACAAACACUGUCACCAAGAUCUUGUCAUCAUCCACAUAGACCUUUGUUAACCACACUUAAAACCUUGUACCUUACGUGCUUAACUAUGUAAAGUUAAGAGAAAAAGACUAAGGGACUAUAUGAAAAUUUUGAUUAACUAUGAUUUUUUUUGACUAAUAGAAUUCUAGGUGAUUCAGUUUUCUUUAUGCGUUUUAGUAUUCUCUGGACUUUGUAUAAUGUGUGUUCUCUCUUUAAAAUCAGAUGUUAAUUUUUUUUAAAUACUGAUGCUUUCCGUUUUGAUAUGCCGUGUGUUCACACGUUAACCAGUACGGCAGGAGGUCUGGAAAGAGCACACCCAGACGUGGGCGAGACUGCCUGCCCCUGGGAGGCAGGUCCUGAGUUUGUUUUCUUCCUGCUACUUUCAGAAGGUUCUCUGAUAAGCAGGUAUCACAUUUAUACUGGAAGGCUUUAUAGAAAAAUUGUAAACCAUGAGCUCUUAAGUAAAAUCUGGAUUCUAAUGCUGACUGCACCUCUGAUGAUACGUGGUUUGAUUAUGUCAGAGGAGAUAACUCUUAACGUCCUGGGGUAAAUGUGAAAAUGAAAAAUGUGUUGAUAUAAUAAACACCAGUAAUGUUUCUGUUUUUUACAUUUAAAGCUGGCGUGAUUUGCCGUUUUUGCAAGAGAGCUUAACAGAUAAAACAAUGAAAUUGGUCUGUCUCCCCCCCUGCCAGCAGCAGAAUACCUGUCUGACUUCAGGGCACGGCGUGACAGCUGCCAUUCUGAGGUCAACCAAUGGAAAUAAAAACAUUUCUAAGCAUCUUUA